UGUCAAAACUGCAAUUGACGGCAGCUCCGCAUCUCGACGCCCCCGAUCCGCCGUCCAACGCCCGCAACCAUGUCUGCGCCGUCUCUCGCCCCCUACAUCAUGAAGCGCCCGUGGCUGCAGCGCUGGAUGAAGCCCCUCUCCAACUGGUACUGCAAUGCCGCGGGCUACAGGCAGCUCGGCCUGAGGGCCGAUGACCUGCUCCCCGAGGAGAACGACACCGUCCAGACCGCCCUCAAGCGUCUUCGUCCCCAGGAGGCCUACGACCGUGUCUUCCGUCUCCGCCGAGCCUUCCAGCUCUCCAUGUCCCACAGCCUUCUGCCCAAGGAGGAGUGGACCAAGCCCGAGGACGACACACCAUACCUCAGCCAGCUGAUUACCGAUAUCGAGGCCGAGAUGGCUGAGCGUGAGGACUUUGAGACCAUGAUUGUCCAGAAGAGGCAGAAGAACGCUGCUGGCCACUAAGUGUAUGUACACGGGUCUGGCAUGACCCUUUUGAGUGGGGCGGAGUGAGUUUGGGGUCGCGCAAUAGAGUGUACCAUACCAAUGUCUUUUGUACAGGAAUCAUCUCCAUUGCAUUCGGACAAUCGUUCCCCUUUGCUUCGUUCUUGGCGCAUUGGAAUGUUUGAUAUGAUGUCACAAGUGUGCAGUAUGCAGUGCAGGAUUUGUGGCACAUGGACCGCGAGAGCUGAUUUCAGCGGAGAGUAUGCAAUAUCUGCGAAGCAUCUCUCAACUAGUGUCGGGGUAGUUUCUGUUACCCAGGAGCGUUCCAACCGAUCACAAACAAAGAGAGUUCACACAGGUUCUGAGUGGCGACUUUAGCGCGGCGCAACUGCAGGGAAACGCAUCGUAGACUGCAGACGAGAGACGACUGAAGCGUAUCCGGA